CUCAUCCAUCCACCCCCCUGUCUUUGGCCUUGCUGACGCCGCGCCGUCCAUGCGGCCGAGCGUCACGCCAUGGCCUGGGCGGAGAGGGUCCGAUGGCUCGAUCAACGGUUUGAACUGGAGGCAGAUGAAACAGCUUUCAAGCUGCACUUGGUGCGCCUCCGAAGAUGUGUCACGCUCCUGGGCUGUUUCUCUUUCUGCGGAUCCUUCGCGAUCUCUCAGGCUCUAUGGGCGAUGCCGGUGAUGGACGAGCGACAACUGACCCUGGGGGAGACCAUCCACUGCUUCAGCGUCUUCAUCUCCACCAUCCUGAGCUUCAUCUUGGCCAUUGCCUCGGCCAGUUGCCCCAGGAGCAGCUGGUCAUGGGAACCUUUCUGGGCCUUCCUCUUCUUGACCUUGUCUACCUUGCUGGCCACCAGGUGGCAUAUGAUCCCUGCCGCAGGUCCUUCCACAGCGAUGCUGAUCGUCUUCGUGGUGGUGGUGCUUCUAGCUGCGCUGCCUCUACGCCUGUGGCUCUCAACGAGUGUCGCGGUUUUGACCUUCGUGGCCAGCUUCAUCAGCAGUUGGCUUCACGCAGAAGGCUCCUAUGACGUGGGUGCAGGGAUGUUUUUCUGCCUCUUCCUGUUGCCCAUCUUUUAUGUCUACGAGAGCGAUCAGCGUCAGAUCGUCCUCCAGGAGUCCAUUCGCACCCUUACCCCCAAGCCCUUGGCCUGGACCAAUGUCUUGGGCACAGGCGCCUCUUCACCAGUGGAGAGUCGUUCGAGCCUGCGCCCCGGUCGGCGCGGGGAUGCCAAGAUGGCGGUGAUUUGCUGCAGAACCGAUUUCAGGAUUGAAGAGGUGGGGCCCCACGAGCAAGCAUUUUUUGGAGAAGAUGUCUCAAACAAAGAGCUGUUGCACUUCUUCAAAGGUGAGGAUCGCCAGGCUGUGGCGAUGGUCCUCGCAGAUGAUGGCAUUCACCAGUCCGUUUCGGUGAACACAGACUUUUUUCAAGGACGGCAGAUGGUGUGCCGUCUGACCCCUUCCGGGCUCUCGGAGCCCAAGUGGUUGGCGAUUUUUUGCAAAGCAAAGCAUGCAAUACCUGUGGAUGCGGAGAAGUCGAAGGCAAAGCUCGUCGAUGGCUACACCCAGACGCAGGAAGAUCAGAAGGCACCUGUCCGGCUGCCCCGGACAUCCACUUGGACCUCCUCCCGCACUAUCCAGGUGACCGGGAUCGAGAAGGGCGGGGCCUCCUGUCCAACCACCUACUAUGCUGGCGGUCGCGAGGAGAAGGGGAAGCGAAAAGCUGCUACGCUGCCGGUGCGGACGAACCGAUCAAGGUCUCCAUCCAUUGAUGGAGAGGGGCUGACCAAGAGAGACAUGAGAGACAUCUCAGAGUUCGACAAUCAGGUGAGCCUGGACAUCUCCCUGUCAAGAUUCUCGCAAGUGAAUCAGGGGGAUCACAUCCCCAACCAGUCCAGCAGCCUACCGCUGAUGCGGAAGAAUCGCUUGAGUAUCGAUGACUGUCGUGAUGGAGGAAGAAGCCUCAGCUACAGCUUUUCCCUCUCUGCGCGGGAUUCAGGCUCCAACAACUCAAAGGCGGUAAGAACAGAUGCCACCACGCAGACGGAUCUCGUCUGGAACAACCUUGGCUGGCAUUGUCGAGCAUGUGCGAAGCCGCCCAGACCCCAAGGACCCCAUGAUCCACCCCCUGAGCCCUCGAGCUCCAGGCGAAGUUAUCCACCCUUCAGCGCUGUGAAGUACAUGCAGGGUGGUUGGACCUUGGUACGUGGACCAGUCGGGGUGGCCGAGUGGCUGCAGGAGUUUCUCAUCGUCGGGACGACCGUGCAUAGCAAGUCGCACCAUUUCCCUCUCCUCCUAGGAACCAACGACUCGGUGCAAAUGGCGGGUGGCGCGGUGACCGUCCUGGCUGAUGGGAGCUUGAAACGCGUGGGCAAGUCAGGUCAUUGCUUCUACUUUCAACGCUCUGAUGACAUCGAUGUCGAAGCGCCGAUGGAUGAUGAUGAGGAGGAUGACAUCCCUCAAGUCCCUCAUCUUCAGUGGGACGUGAGCGUGCACAGCGUUCGGAUCAGUUGAUCAGGCGCCUCUUCAUGUGGCUCGGAGCCCGAGUCGACCGGCGAAACAUGGCGAAUCCUGGGUUGGGAAUUGCUCAAGACUGACUUGUCCAACAGGGGUGGGACAUGGUCUCUGAUUUGAUGCUGAGACUAGCAGCAUUCACCAGGAUAUUGAGUGAAACUCAGUUUCGUCACCAUGGCUAGGUGGCUUUGGGAAAAACAGGAGCUUCGUGCCCUUCGUGCUGUUCUGGUUGUUCAUCAGUAAAAUCAACAAGUUCUUCUUCCAGUGGAGGCUGUGGGUGUGAUGCACCAUGCCAUACCACUCUUGAUGCGUCGACCCUGUGUGUGUUCAAAGAGUGGAGAAGGAUAGGUCCGUCAUUUCUUUUUGGUUUGUUCCACCAUAAUGAUGCGAUGAUAUGUGAUAUAAUAUAUAUAUGUAAUAUUAUGUAAUAGUAUAUUACGUUUUUAAUGUUUUUGGGUUGCGGGGCGAAGACAAAUUCCCAAGAGCAGCACGAGUGCUCCUGAGGGUGGUUCAAGGGAGCUCAUUCACUUGGUCAUUCACACUUGCAGUGGCUUUCACCCUUGACAGAACCUGUUUUCUGAGUCCAAAAUGGCUGUCAGUUGUUGAACACUUGGGCUUAUAGUGAUCACGGCAGCUUGGAAAAGAGCUCAGCUAUAGAAGCCAUAUCCCAUUUGUUUGGGUGGGACGCAGGCUAGAGCUCCUUAUUUGAAGUGAACUCUGUUCGAUCCUAAGAAUCCGUGGUGUAAGGUAGUGCAAAGCACAUAUUUGUUGUAAUUAGGCAAUAAUUAGCUGUUAUAGCUUCAGGCUUGAGAUGACUAACAGCAUAGCCCUCACCCUCACUGCCUUUCUGUCCCCGCUGCGCUGAAGGCACAACCCAUGUUUGUGCGGGUUUCAUUGCACAGCAUCAUACACUUCCAAUAGCUCUUGAAGAGUCCUGCUGGAAGUGCUACUGACAGCUUUCCCCAAACGAACGAGGAAUCACCGGAUCAACGGGUCGAUGACCCGGAGAACGGAUCUCACAACAAAAAUGUGUUUUUUGGCGCCCGAACACGAUCAUCGAUGAUUUCUUCGAUC